GAAGAGUUUCAGUCCCUCAUCGGCCGCCGUAGUCCGGUGCCGAAGCUGGCUUUAGGGAACCUGAAGUGAAAGCAUUCACAAGUGUAGCCACUAGGAGAUCGGAGUGGGAUCGAGAGGAAAUCAGGUCCUGGCUUCGAGGAGCAAGAGAAAUCAAAUAAAGGACGAGGAGAAGGUUCCUGUAGUUGCAUAUGGUCAUUUCGUGGGACAUCCGUUACCUGAGACUGAGAUUUUGGAACAGAAAUUUAGGGCAGAUCCAGAAGAGACUAAAAACAACAUCCCAGUUACUUGGCAUUUCCCAAAACAAGAAAAUGACGAAGGCUCAGGGAUCGCUGACACUGGAGGAUGUGGCCGUGGACUUCACGUGUGAGGAGUGGCAGCUCCUGGACCCUGAUCAGAAGGACCUGUACCGCGACGUGAUGCUGGAGAACUAUAGCAACCUGCUGUCCGUGGGGUAUCAAGUUAGCAAACCUGAUAUACUCUCCAAGUUGGAACAAGGAGAACCACCAUGGACCUUAGAAGAUGAAGUUCACAGUCACCCCCAUCCAGAAAUUGAGAAAGUGGAUGAUCAUAUGCAGCCACACUGGCAAAACCAAAAUAUACUGAAGAGGUUGGAACAGUGUUAUGAACAGAAUGCAUUUGAGAAUAUUAUUUAUCAGAGCAAAAGUUGUUUUCCUUUAAGGCCAAAUCAUGAUGUAUUUGAUUUACAUGGGAAAACUUUGAAAUCAUAUUUAGAUGUAAUCAACCUGAGUACAAGCUGCAAAAAAAUGGAGCCUUCUGAGUUUAAUGGAGAUGGGAGAUCCUUUCUCCAUGCUGAUCAUGAGCAAACUCAUACUGAAAUUAAACAUCGGGACAUACACAAAAUAGAGAACACCCACGAAUGUACUGAAUGUGGCAAAGCCUUCCUCAAGAAGUCUCGGCUCAAUGAACAUAAGAGAAUUCAUACAGGAAAGAAACCCCACGGAUGUAGUGUGUGUGGGAAAACCUUCUCCAAGAAGUUCAAGCUCACUGAACAUCAGCGAACUCACAAAGGAGAGAAACCCCAUGAGUGCCGUGAGUGUGGAAAAGCCUUCCUCAGGAAAUUUCAGCUUACUGAACACCAGAAGACUCAUACAGGAAAUAAACCCCAUGUAUGCAGUGUAUGUGGGAAAGCAUUCUACAGAAAGUUCAAGCUAACUGAACACCAGAGAACUCAUACAGGAGAGAAACCCUAUGAAUGUACUGAAUGUGGCAAAGCCUUCUUUAGGAAGGCAGAGCUCAUUAUACAUCAGAGAAACAAAAGAGGAGAAAAACCCCAUGUAUGCAAUGAGUGUGGGAAAGGUUUCUCCAGAAAAUCACAGCUCAUUCUGCACCAGAAAAUUCAUACAGGAGAGAAAUCUUACAUAUGCAGUGAAUGUGGAAAAGGUUUCAUACAGAAGGGCAAUCUUAUUAUACAUCAACGAACUCACACUGGAGAGAAACCCUAUGGAUGCACUGAAUGUGGUAAGGCCUUCAGUCAGAAGGCAUGCCUCAUAGCACAUCAGCGAUUUCAUACAGGAAAGACUCCCUUUGUAUGUACUGACUGUGGAAAAUCUUGUUCACAGAAAUCAGGACUCAUUAAACAUCAGAGAAUUCACACAGGAGAGAAACCCUAUGCAUGCAGUGACUGUGGGAAAGCCUUCACUACAAAGACAAUGCUCAUUGUCCAUCAAAGAACUCACACGGGAGAGAGGCCCUAUGGAUGCAAUGAGUGUGGGAAAGCUUUCUCCCACAUGUCAUGCUUGGUUAAACAUAAGAGGACACACACAAGAGAGAAACAAAAACCACACACAUGCAGUGAGUGCGGGAAAGCCUUCUCCAGGAAGGCACAGCUCAUUAGACAUCAGAGAAUUGAAAGAGGAGAGAAACCCCAUGGAUGCAAUGAAUGUGGGAAAACAUUCAUGAGGAAGAUUCAGCUCACUGAACAUCAGAGAACUCAUACAGGAGAGAAACCCCAUGAAUGUAAUGAAUGUGGGAAAGCCUUUUCCAGGAAGUCACAGCUAAUGGUCCAUCAGCGAACUCAUACAGGAGAGAAACCCUACGGAUGCAGUGAAUGUGGAAAAGCCUUCAGCCGGAAGUGCCGGCUCAACAGACAUCAGCGCUCUCAUACUGGAGAGAAAUUAUAUGGUUGCAGUGUGUGCGGGAAAGCCUUUUCCCAGAAGGCAUACCUCAUUGCACAUCAGAGACUUCACACAGGAGAGAAGCCUUACAAAUGCAGCGAAUGUGGAAGAACGUUCUUUUUUAAGUCAGACCUCACCAAGCAUCAGAGAAUUCAUACGGGAGAGAAACCAUAUGAAUGCAGUGAUUGUGAAAAAGCCUUCAGAAGCAAGUCAAAGCUCAUUCAGCACCAGCGGACUCACACCAGAGAGAGACCAUAUGCCUGCAGUGAAUGUGGCAAAGCCUUUGCCCACAUGUCAGUCCUCAUCAAACAUAAGAAAACUCAUACAAGAGAGAAAGCUGUGGAUUCCCCAAAGCUGGAGAAACCUUCCUCAGUGAGUCAUAGCUCUUUAUUCAUGAGUGAACUCGUACAGGAGCAAAACUCUAUGAACGCAGUGCCUGCAGAAAUGUCUUUUUCGGGAACCCAGCCCUUAUUAAACAUCAGCGAGUUCCUAGGGGGCAGAAAUGUAGUGAUUGUGGACCAGCCUUUUCCAAGAAGUCAAGCCUCAGUAGAAAAUCGGGAAUUUACACAGGGACUAAGCCUUGCAAAUGCAGUGAAUGCGACAACCCCUUCAGUAAUAAAUUAUGUCUUAUAUGUUACAGAUAUUGUGUAGGAAAAAAAAAAUCCUCAGAUACCUGAGAUGGGAAAAAGCCUUGAGCAAGAAUCCUCCGCACAUUCAUUAUGUGUCAGAGCUUGCUUAGGACAGAAAUGCUGUGGAUGGGGUGGUUGUGGAGAACACUUCUGUGAGAAGUUAGACUUAGUAAAUAUCAGCGAGAUCACAUUGGGCAGAAAUGCAGCUCUUGUGGGGAAGCCUUUUCCUAGAGGUGAUAUUGCAGUUGAUAUCAAAGGAUUCCCACAGGACCAAAACCUUAGAGUAUGAUGGUUUUUAAUGAUAAAUUGUACCUUAUCACUUGUCAGAGGAGCAUAGAAAGACAACUCUAGAGGCACUGAAGGUGGAAGACAUGUUUAGUAAAAUGUGGAAGCACUCAUAGAGAAGAAAAAUCCCCCAAAGGCAAUAAAAAAUGGGAAUUCUAUCACCAAAUUAAGUCAUGUAUCACAGUUUUACCUUGGAAAGUGGGAAAGACUUUUGUAAAUAAAGGAAAUCUUCUUGGACACCAGGAAUUGCAUUGUGCAGUGAAAACCUAAGAAUAUAAUGAAUGUAGAAGGACAGCUAUAUUAGUUUCUUAUGGCUGCUGUAACCAGUUUUCACAAACUCAGCGUCUCAUAACAGCACAAUUUAUUAUCCUGGAGCUCUGAAGUCCAGAAUGCAUCUCUGGGCCAAAAGCAAGGUUGUUCGCAGGGUUGCACUUCUUCUUGGAGGCUCUAGAGGAGAAUCUGUUUCUUUGCUUUUCCAGCUUCUAGAAGCUGCCCAAAUUCCAUUCUUGUGGCCCCUUUCCUUCCUCAGAGCCAGCAAUGGCUGGUCAACUCUUUCAUCCCUCCAACACUCAUUUUUCUGUCUCCUCCUUCCACGUUUAAGGACCCUUGUGAUUACAUUGGGCCCACCCAGAUAAUCCAGGAUAAUCUCCUAUCUUAAAGUCAGCUAAUUAGCAGCUUUAAGUCCAUCUGCUACUUUGUGUCCCCUUUGCCUUAUAAUAUAACAUGUUCACAGGUCCUAGACAUAAGGAUGUAGACAUCUUUGGGAGGCCAUCAUUCUGCCUACCAGAGGCCACCCUUUGGCACCCAGUGAUUCGUGUCUAUCCCUCAUGCAAAUGGAUUCAUCCUAUCCCAGCAUCUCCAGAUAUCUCAGCCCGUUACAGGACCAACUCAGAGUCCAAAACCUAACCUAAAACUGAUCAGCUCAGGAGUGCCAAAUCUCAUCUUCUAAAUCUAGUGUUGAUAGGCUCUGGGUACAAUCCAUUCUGAGGUUUCUCUCUGUGAACCGUUUAAAACUCUAGAAACAAUUUAUAUGGUCCUAAAAUAACUUAAUUCCAUCUUCUACCUUAAUUCCCCUUUACCAUGCAAUGUAACAUAUUUACAGAUUCUAGGAAUUAGGACAUGAACAUCUUUGGGAUUUGCCAUUAUUUUGCCUACCACAAAAACAUUAGAUUUCAGAGAAUUUACACUUUGAUAAAUUCCUACCU